CCACCAAUCGGUGUACUGGCGGAAUCACAAGGGUCGAAAAACGAGUUGACUCGUGCACUGUCGAUUGCCAAGACGUCAGAUGCAUCCAUGGGUCGCUUCUCUGCAUCACUGGAUACCCGGAAAAUCUCGAAAAAGACUGAGCAGAAAGUAAAACAGCGUGCAAAACUCAGUCAGGUGGUCGAUGCACGUUCUGUCCAGUCGCUCAAACGACAAAAACAACAGAUGAAGAAAGGCAAGAAACAGAAGAAAGCAAACACACCGAAACGGAAACCGAUGAAAAAGAAAGGGUCCCGGACGGGAAAUAAGAAAUCCGGCUGA